UUAAUGCGAGUUAUCGUUUCUCAUGUUAAGUGUUUACGUUGCAUAUUCUUGUAAUGUAAACACAUAGGACAGGGUCUGACUCUGACCUGACGCCUUUUUAGAACAAGAAGGCUACGCUCGUACCCGGUGCUCAAUUUAUCGAGUCAGUCGUUUCCGCACGGUGUGUUUUUGCCGACGUACUUGUCUCGCCCAGCUGCUUAAUAGGAGAAUAUCAGAUCAUGGAGUUUGCUGAACUGAUAAAGACCCCCAGAGUGGACGGGGUGGUCCUGCACCGACCCUUUAUGCCCACGGUGGAGGGAACUCUGUGUUUAACUGGCCACCAUUUGAUUCUCUCCUCUAGACAGGACAACACAGAAGAGCUUUGGCUGCUCCAUUCAAACAUAGACUCCAUAGAGAAAAGAUUUGUUGGCUCUGUUGGAAACAUCAUUGUUAAAUGCAAAGACCUGAGGGUGAUCCAGCUCGACAUUCCUGGCAUGGAUGAGUGUCUGAACAUUGCCAGCUCUAUUGAGGCUCUGUCCACACUCGACUCUGUCUCUCUGAUGUAUCCUUUCUUCUACCGGCCCAUGUUUGAAGUUAUUGAAGACGGGUGGAAUUCAUUUCGUCCUCAGGAUGCUUUUAAGGAUUUAGAAUCGAUGACAGAUGAGUGGCGACUGAGUGAAGUUAACAAAGACUUCACUGUAUGUUCGUCAUAUCCCCAUCUAGUGGCAGUUCCUAAAAGCAUUGACGAUGACACGCUCAGGAAAGUAGCUACAUUCCGCCAUGGUGGGCGUUUCCCAGUGCUAAGCUACUACCACAAGAAGAACGGUAUGGUCAUGAUGCGAGCGGGGCAGCCCCUCACUGGCACCAACGGGCGGCGCUGCAAAGAAGACGAGAAGCUCAUCAACGCCACCCUGAGGCCAGGAAAACGGGGAUACGUAAUCGAUACACGGACCAUCAACGUCGCCCAGCAGGCCAAAGCUCGAGGCGGCGGGUUCGAGUCUGAGGGUAACUACCCACAGUGGAGGAGGAUCCACAAAGCCAUUGAAAGGUACACUGUCCUCCAGGAAAGCCUGAUUAAGCUGGUGGAGGCCUGCAGUGAUCAGUCCCACAGCAUGGACCGCUGGUUAAGCAAGCUGGAAGCCUCCAACUGGCAGACUCACAUCAAGGAGAUCCUCACCACUGCUUGCUUGGCUGCCCAGUGCAUUGACAGGGAGGGAGCGUCGGUGCUUGUUCACGGAACAGAGGGGACAGACUCCACCCUGCAGGUGACGUCCUUGGCUCAGAUCAUCUUGGAUCCGGCCUGCAGGACCAUUAAAGGUUUCCAGAGUCUGGUGGAGCGAGAGUGGCUCCAGGCAGGUCACCCGUUCCAGCAUCGCUGCGCCCAGUCCGCCUACUCCAACAGCAAGCCGCGGCAAGAGGCUCCCGUCUUUCUGCUCUUCUUGGACUGCGUGUGGCAGAUCCUUCGGCAGUUUCCCUGUUCUUUUGAGUUCAAUGAGAGCUUCUUGGUGCUGCUUUUUGAACAUGCCUAUGCCUCCCAGUUUGGUACCUUCUUGGGCAGCUGUGCAGCGGACAGAGUCAGGCUGUCUCUUCCUGAGAAGACGGUGUCGCUGUGGUCAUGGGUAAAUCGACCUCAGGAGCUGGAGAAUCUGACCAACCCACUUUACGAGGCCAACAGUCUUGUGAUCUGGCCCUCCGUGGCUCCACAGAGUCUGCUGCUGUGGGAAGGAGUUUUCCUUCGCUGGAACCGCUCGUCCAAGUGUUUGGAUGAGGCUUACGACGAAAUGGUGCACAUAAUCGAAUACAACAAGGAGCUUCAGAACAAAGUGAACAGUCUGCGCCGGCAGCUGGCUCAACUGGAAACAGACGAUCCUCUGCUGAACACGCCAUAGGGAGAGAAAAGUUGCAAGAUGGUUUAAAGAAGGAGAAAAUGUCAAAAUAACUACAGAAAGGUCACAUUCAUCCUCUCCAUAGGCUUUAACAAAGCUUAAGUUGGUUUCAGAUAUUUCAAGCUAUACUCAAACUCAGUCUUUUUGAUCUUUAAAUUAAUUUAGUUAAUAAUUGCGCGGUGAUGAUUCGUGGGGUUGAUUCUUUAAAGCAUGCAGUUCUGAUAGGGGCUUCUAGCAAGAUUUGAAGGAAAACAUUUCACCUGAUCGUAAUCAUAUGUUGUAAUAUAUGGAGCUUUGCACAUGCAGAAAGGAAAAUUCUUAAUUAUGCUCAAGCUUAUCAGCUGAAUUUACAUUUGUAAAGCAUCAUCAAAUGUAAAUCUUACUUAUUUUUGUCCAUUUACAUUUACAUUUGUAAUCACAUCACACGUUAGUUAUUUAUUCAUUUUUUUUCUAAUUCUUUUUUUCCUGAGAAACUCUGUUCAUGUUAAUACAGGGUUCACAUUCCUACCAAGCAUGCUGCUAUAUGCAAGCGCCGUAAAAGCACUGCAGAGUUUCUAUGGCAACAUGCGUGGUGCUGUAAGGCGGUGUAUGACUUUUUCAGCAUGGUCAAGUAAAAUGUGUAGGUUGGGUCAGCACCUUCUGUAUCGUACAUCAAGGGAGUUUUAUGGAGAUUUCCGACCAAAUUAUUUUGUAUCUGCUAUUAACAAAUUAUUCUCUGAAGUUCUGGUUAGUAGCAGUGCUCAAAUAUCAAUUAUCACAUCCCUGUGUAAAAUGAUUCUACUAAAUCAUCAGCUAUGUUGCUGGAAGAUUUUAACAAUGGUACAAUGUGCCUUGUGGCAAAAAAAAGAGUCUGUUUCUGAGAGUUGAUCACACUAACAUUAAUCUGCUUGAAAAUAUACUGAGGGAAAAUGUUGUUUCAAACACUGAUAUGUAUCUUGGCACCUAUAAUUGUGUAAUAACUGUUAAGUUUGUGGGCAAAAUACAUGUUAAACAUUAGGUACUGAUGCACUUUUAAAUUAGUUUUAUUUUGUGUGUACAAAGCCAUACUAAGUCUCAAAAAUAUACUUUUCUUAUGUUUUUUAGUUUCCAACAGCUGCACUGAAAAAAAUCAUGGUAAUAUUUAACAUGGAUGUUGACACGUUAAACGCAUGUCAUCCAAUGUGAAAAAGUGGCUUCCAAUGAAAUCCCAAACAUGGGAGUCAUUAGUUGCAUUUUCUUUCUUAUGCUUCAAAAUAGGUUUAUUUCUUGGAAAUAUUUUUUCUUUUUCAAUUGUUUAUCGUUAAGAUGCAGGUUUCUUUUCUCGAUUUUUAUGUUUGCCAAACUACCAUGAUCUUAGAAUCGUCGAAAUUUUUUUGAGAAAGUGGAACAAAGUCAGGGAAGAACCAGUGUUUUGUUUACAUGUGGCAAAAAAUGACCAAAACGACAUUUUUCUUUCACCUUUAGUGAAAAUUGUCCCUCUCAGACCUCUUUCACAUUUCAGUUUAAUUGCUUCGAUUUAGCUAAGCACAGUUAGCACUAUCUUUGUGACCUUCAGCUGGUAAUAAAACACUAAAUGUUCCAGUUUAAAAUUAGUGUUCCUCUUAAGUCAUAAAUUCCUGUGUUGGUUCUCGUUGUGCUGCCAAAGCAGGUCAGACCCAUGAAAUCGAAAAUGUUAUCAGACAUUGGGGAUGUUUAUUUUGGCCUUGAUGGUUGUAGAGCGUGCUCUCUGUCGAGUAUAGUUACUCCUCACGUACGCCAUUGAAUUUAAUCUGACAUGGAGAUAUGGGAUAUAGCAACCUUGAGAAUCUCCCUCUAACCAGCUUUGCAGGGCAAGUUUUCCCAUCAAACAGUGGUGCUUCUACCUGUUAGUCAUAAUGUGAUGACCUAUGUUUGUUCAGAGCGCUUUAUGUUGCUCUGCUUAUUUGAUCAAAACAUGGGUUAGUGGGUAAGCAUUAAAAGCACUGCGGUCCUAUUUUAAAUGUUUGUGUGUCAAUAACUAAAUGGAUUAAAUGUUUCUUUGUUUAAAUGUAGUCUGCGCAUUACAGUUGGACCGGAUAAUGUAACAGUCACACUAAAGUUCUUUAAAUUGCAUUGGAAAGAAACAGGGCUUCAUUCAGCUAUGCAUUGUUUGUUGCCCUCUGCCAAAAGUACAUUUUUUUGUUUGCAACAGUCGAAGGGCAGUGUAAGCCAAAUCAGCGGUGUAGUGUGUAAUUGUACAAAUUUAAGCUUGCAUUCAAGUGUCUGUGAUUUUGGUAUCUGUAAAGAAUCAAUGAACUCUAAAAAAAAUAGGAUUAAGCUUUAGACAGAUAAUAAUUUUGUCUGUUCUGCUUACUGACUUUGUGCAAUGCCUUACUGUAAAACCACAGUCCAUCUCAAUGUGUACUUUUAUCACUGUUGAUUACAUUCUUAAGAAAUCACCAUUCAAUUGUAUUCAAUGUUUUUUUUUUUGUUUUUUUUUUUUAAGUUUGAAGACAUUAAAA